AUGGAGGAUAAUACGGGGAAAUGGCAUUGGUUAGUGAAGCUUAAGGCUAUAGAAAAGGUCAAGCACUUAAUUUGGCUCAUAUUCCAUGGCUGUUUACCAACAAACACACUUCGAUUUAAGAGGAGGUUAACGAACAAUCAGGGCUGUCCCCGCUGCCAAUUUGCUGUCGAGGAUACUUGGCACUGUAUUAGAGACUGUAGAAGAGCUUGGGAGGUUUGGCAGGAACUUGGUUUCAUUGGAGCAACUAAUUUUCUUGGUGGGAAUAUUGUGGACUGGAUUAUUCAGCAAGUGGAUUCAGACCAGGGUCAUCUGUUUCUUUCAGCUUUAUGGUGGAUCUGGAGGCAGAGAAACUGUUUUGCUUUCGAAAACCACUAUGAAGGCGAUGUUUGGUUGAGGAGGAAUAUUUGGAGAAUGGCUACUGAUUCUCGUAUUGCUUGCAACCUUCUUCCAGAGUUACUAGCUAUUGCUAAAGGACUGAAGGCCCUUACUUUCGAGAUUAGAGAACUACUGAGUAGAGACUGGACUGUCAGAAUUGAACAUACAUUUAGAAAGGCUAAUUUUUGUGCUGAUUUUAUGGCAAAGUUUGCAACUUCCUGCGACAAUGGUUUGAUGAUCUGGGAUGAGCCUCCUCAAGGCUUGCAACAGCUUCUUCUAGCAAAUAUCAUGGGAAUUAGCUUCCCUAGAAUUGUUUAG